CCACAGCAGUCGUUUGCGAGGAUGUCGACAACCUUCCUUUCGGUAAUGGCCGGUUUAUCCGGUAUUGUGGUCUUCGGAGCUCUUAUCUCCGUUUUCCACAUCUACACCGACAUCAACUCCUUCGUUGAUGAGGCUCAUCGUGAGCUCGGAGCUUUCAGAGGAGUUGCUAAUGAUGCCUGGAACUCGAUGGUUAAUCAUGAUGAUUCUGCCCGUGUUGCCCGUAGCGUCUUCGUUCGUCGCCAAAAAAAACAAUCCCAAUGCAACUGCGGACCACAAGCCUCCAACUGCCCAGCCGGACCACCAGGACCACCAGGAGCUUCUGGAGACAGAGGACUUGACGGACAACCAGGACCAGCCGGAAAGCCAGGACAACCAGGAGUUGCUGGACCAGCUCACCACCAACAGCAAGAGUGCAUCAAGUGCCCACAAGGAGCACCAGGACCAGCCGGAGCACCAGGAAACCCAGGACCACAAGGACCAAACGGAAACCCAGGAGCACCAGCCCACGGAGGAGGCCAAGGACCACCAGGACCACCAGGACCAGCUGGAGACGCUGGAUCUCCAGGACAAGCCGGAGCCCCAGGAAACCCAGGACGCCCAGGACAAUCUGGACAGCGUUCCCGCGGACUCCCAGGACCAUCCGGACGUCCAGGACCACAAGGACCACCAGGAGCCCCAGGACAACCAGGAAGCGGAAGCACUCCAGGACCAGCCGGACCACCAGGACCACCAGGACCAAACGGACAACCAGGACACCCAGGACAAGACGGACAACCAGGAGCCCCAGGAAACGAUGGAGCCCCAGGAUCUGACGCCGCUUAUUGUCCAUGCCCAGCUCGCAGUGCCGCAGUUUUCCGUCACCGUAAUGUUGCUGUCAACCGUCACCGUGCUGUUGCCAAGAAGCGCGUUGUCGCCAAGAAGCGUGUUGUCGCCAGAAAGCGCGUCGUUGCUGCCAGACGUCACGUUCAAGCAUAAAGCAAUAUAUCCUACCAAAGUAGAAAUUCCUGAUAGAUUUUUGUCGAAUAAACUCAUUUUCAUUA